AUGGACUUCCGCACACAGAGAGAGCGACCCCUUCCUCUUUUUUCCACACACCAGUUCUCUAACGCUUACGUGUUCUUUAUCUGGGCCCAGUCAGCUUAACAGUUUGCUUCAAUUUUUGUCUUUCUCUUGGUUUACUGGGAUAUUCCAGGGUAACCAUGUGGUCGCAUUUGCUGCUGUUGGCCUGUUUGGCGCAACUGGCACAUGGCGAGGACUACUAUAAACUGUUGGGAGUGGAGCGAGACGCCGAUGAUCGCACCAUCCGGAAGGCUUUCAAAAAGCUCGCCAUCCAGAAACAUCCGGACAAAAAUACGGUUAGGUUUGAGAAAAUAUGAAAUAGAUAAGGUUGAGGAUAUUUUUCUAUCGGUUGAAGUUUUCGUUUUGGUUUUUUUUUUCAUUUUAUAGUUAGACCUUGAAAGGGAAAAACGAAAUAGGCGGCUCUCUUUAAGCUAUCACUUGGGUGAAAAUUUGUUAGUUUUAUAUAACGAUACCAUAAUGCAGUUUUUUAUACUCCUCUCAAAAUUUGUAAAAAUCGAAGUGUAAAAAGAAAAAAUUUUUCACUGAUUGGGCAGCUGAUGAUUUCAUUCAACAAUAAUAUUUUGACUUUUCGCAAAUCCCAGAUAUUUCAAUCAAUUUUGAGGUUAUUUCACUUUGGAGGAUUCUUCGAAGUCCUGAAAUUUUCAUUCCCUGAAAAUUUAUGGUCUAGUUUAUAAUUUCAGAGAUUUAUUCUAGGAUUUCGAAAUAUUUAAUGACCAAUUUUUUUUUGAAUUUUAUAAAGAAUUCAAAUUUAUAUUGGUUUUUAUGACUCCAUUUUUUUUCCAGGACGACCCGAACGCCCACGCCGAGUUUGUCAUGAUCAACAAGGCCUACGAAGUCUUGAAAGAUGAGAAUCUUCGCAAAAAGUACGACCAAUUUGGCGAAAAAGGCUUGGAGGACGGCUUCCAAGGCGGCAACAACUACCAGAGCUGGCAGUUCUACAACGACAAUUUCGGUUUCGAAGGUCUUGUAGUUAUAUUGAAAGAGUAUUUCUGCAGGGAUCUACGACGACGACGUCGAAAUCGUGACUCUCAACCGCGCCGACUUCCAACGCCUCGUUUCGGACACUUCCGACGUCUGGUUCAUCAACUUCUACUCCACUUAUUGCUCUCAUUGUCACGAGUUGGCGCCUACGGUUAGUUCAUUCAAGGGAUAAAGAACAUAUCGAUCAUCAUGAGAUAACAUUCCAUUCAGCACCGAGAAACGAUUUUUAUUUUUCAAUAAUUUUGAAACAGUAUUGGUUUUAAUUGAAGCUUCAAAUGGCUGAAACGCAAAAAAAAAAACGUUUUAAUAUGCAUAUAUGCAAUCAACUAAAAGGCAAGCAAGAACUUUUUACGGUCCUUAGUCUCGUUCUCCUGCUCGUAGUUGAUCUAGUUGCGCCAUAAGGAGCUCAGAAUGCAGUUCCGAAGCCCAAAAACUGUUUCCCAGAUGGAAGCCUCGGAAUGAGAGGGAUCAGAGAAAAGUCCAGACUUUACCCGGAAUCUCUUCCAAGAGAAUUCCAUCAUUUUUCAGUGGCGAAAGUUCGCUCGCGACAUCGAAGGAGUUGUUCGGAUAGGCGCUGUGAACUGCGCCGAAGACCCGAUGCUCUGCCAGUCGCAACGCGUCAACGCCUAUCCUUCUUUGGUCUUCUAUCCCACGGUUUGCUUCCAUUUAUCAACUGAUGAAGUACUGUUUUGAUACGAACGAACUGAUCUUUUUUUGCGCCAUGGAAAGAAGUUAAAUCUGGUAUACUCUUUUUCUGCAACUUCUUCCUAGUUUUCAAUCCAAGAAUUUGUGGAUACUUAAAAUCACUUCCAACCAUGUUACUGUUCCGAAAAGAGGUUUUUUGGUUUGAAAUUAGCUCGGAACUUAUGUAGGUAAUCGGUUAUUGAGAAAGAUCUCAAAAUCUGGAAAAAAAAAUUAUGAAGUUUAAAACAAAGGUGCUGAGAUUAACAACUAUAUCAAAUAAAGAAUGGCGUUACCAGCAAGCAGAGGCUGUUGCAUUUUCAAAAAAAUUAUGAAAAACAGUGACCCAAAAAAAUUAAAGAAGUUAAGAAAGAAAAAGAAAUAAUAAAAAAAUUAAUGAAAGACUUUUGCAAGAGAUACUGAAAGUUAUCUUUUUGAUUGAGGGAAUGAUAAGAUACGGGUUGGAGGUUUAGGGAGACUUUGAACUUUUGUGAGAUAAUCGUUUUGGACGUUUUUCUUCUCUGAUUCUUUACUUGAAUUGCAAAAUAUCCUUCUAAAUUUCAGCCCUGUAGAAAAAAAUGUUAGCAUCCUAAAAUUCCGUGACAAAUAGAAAAGGAAAAAACUGAGGAGAGCGUUUUGGAAAUCUUCAUCCAAAACAUGAAAAUCUAACACCUGAAUGCUUGAAAUUCUUCAACUGUUGAUGGUUAUCUACUCUUUUUGAGUUCAUUGCUAAAAUAUUUUUUAAACUAGAAUUUAAUAAUUUUUGAGGUCAUUGUUGAGAUCUUUCGUAUACGAGCUUUUCUGAAAUGAUGGUUUACUUCUUGCAGGGCGAGUUUUAUCAAGGCGUCCGCGAGGUUGAACUCCUUGUCGACUAUGUUGUUCAGCGCCUCAAAUCUGAGGUUUUCGUUAUCAGAAUUCAUCAUUCUAUCGAGAAUCAUAGGUCCUCCACUUGAACAAGGGAAACAUCGCGGAUCUGAGCCAGUACUGGGAGCCGUACAAUGAACGGCCUUGGAUCAUCGACUUCUGCAGCAACGAACACGACGUCGACUGUCUUUCCCAGAACAAUCGGUGGGAUUUUCAGAAAUGAUGAUUUUUUAGUAGAUUUUUUUACUUCUAGGUGUGGUACAUGAACAGUGAUAAGUUGAUUUUUAAGAUUAACAGUUCGUAUUGUAGAGCUUUACGUAGCUUUUCCGAUUCCAUAUAGCUGAUUCGUAGCUGGCUUGAACCAUCAAAAAAAGUCCUUUCACGAUGAAAAAGGAGACCACGCCCCUUAGCGUCCCAAGCUAACCAUGAAAAGCUUCAACAGAAACUCGUAAAAACUGUAACUUUUGAGAAAAGCUCGAUUUUAACUUAAUUUCAACAUAGAGAAGAAAUGGUGAACAGAAAUUUUCUAACCGUAAUAAAAUAUCCUGAGGUGAAAUUUGAUUGUAAAUGUUUCACAGCUUCAUCCUAAUUGGAAGCUUUAAAUGGCGGAGAAGUUUGAAAGAGCAACUAGAAAAAAACUUGUAAAUAAACGAGAAAAAAAUGAUAUUGUUUCGUAUAUAGGGCUGCUUUUCUGGAAAAUUGCAUCUUUCGCGGGGAUUUUAAAAAAAUAUUCCAUUUUCACUUAUAACUUUUUCUUUUUGAAAAAAAUUUCAAAGUCAAGAAAUUUUUGUAAAAAUUUCGAAAAAAAUCGCAAAAAAAUUUUUUUAAGGUGCAUUCAAGCUCAGACCUCAUAUUUUAAUGUCCGUUAACGCUUUUACUAAACAUUUAUCAUAAGUUCUUGGAAUCUUACAGAAUAUCAUUUCAGACGAAAAACUGUCGGCGAUGCUCGACGGCCUCGUCAACGUCGGAACCAUCGAUUGUUCCGCGGAAGAGGAACUUUGUGCCGAUUUCGAAGAAUCUUCGGAAGGACCCUUUUUCUUCCCCAAGGGGAAAAUUGAGCCGGAGAAGAGACAGGUGAAAAAAUCUUUUCUUCAAAACGCUGAUAUUUGUGAAGAAAAUUCUCUUUCAUUUAGAUUUUUUCAAGAUAAACUUCGAAUUUCUAAUGAUGAUUCAGGCUCUCAACACGAUGGACGUCCAAGAAAUCGCCAAAAACGUCAUCAAACUUCUCGAUCCGAUCCAGACGAUGGACACUGAGCAACUGGACGAGCUUAUAAGUUAGUUCACUGUUUCGUAUUCUGAUGUUCAAGGAUGAGAUGAGAGAUAAGGAUGGGGAACUCAAUUCCAAGGUCUUAUUCAGACUUAUAAUUAGUGUGUUCAAGUUUAGAAAAACUAGGCUCAAUCCAAUGAGAGUCUACUUUUUCGGAUUCCGAAGACCUGUAGCAGUUUGUCUGUCUUUGGUAACGCGAACUGGACCCGCCUCGGACUUUCUGAUCGUAUCUAGCAGGGUUGCACGAAACUCGAGCUCGUCUCGAACUUUUCGAGAAGAUAGAAACACUAAAAAUUGUGAGCAGAAAGGCCAAAGUUUGGUGUAAGAAGUGAUGGUCCCCAUGUACCAAGAGCAAAUUAUGUCGAGUUUUGACGUAUUGCAGGAGAUAAGUGAAACUGAAACGUUGAAAAAAAUUCGGGAAGUUUCGCCUUUUAAACGUUUUUUUGUGUUAUUUUCUCAGUUCUUUAUCGUUUUUGUUUUUUCUAUCUACCCAACAAAUUUUUAGACAAUUUAGUUUUUUUUAGUCCUACUGUUUCUUUCACAUAGAUUUAUUCAUUUUAUUCUCUUAAAAAUUUCUCGGCCUCUAAAAUUAAUUUAUCGUGCAACCCUGAUUUUUAGUAAACUCUUAAGCGGCGUCAUCACUCUUAAGGGAUCCCUAGAAUUGCUCGACGUCCGGUUUCCAUUAACGAGGUCCUAGUCUGUAGAAAUCUUAAAGAGCUAUUCCUGUGGAGGGGGGCGGGGAAAUUUAUCGAUUUUUAUUUUCAGUUUUUUGCGAUAAAGGUGAAAGAGGUAAUAAUUUUGAUAGUAAAGUAGCGAAAAUGGUCCAUUUUGUGAUUUUCAUCUAAUAACUUGUCCUAUUUGCUUGCGCGGGAAAAAUCAGACAGAAACCAAAUCAUAUUUUUCUAGAUCACACUCCGGACGAACCUACCGCCGUCUGGUUCGUCGCCAACGAAGGCCAAUUUUCCGAAUUUCCCGAAUACCGACGAAUUCCGGCUCUCAUCUCGAAUCCAGUAAGUCAUUUUUCCAAGGAAAAAAACACUUUGAGUUAUCCGAGAGAAUUUCAUGACGAUUAGAAAUUUCAGAAGAUAUUCAUAUUUUUUAUUUGUUCCAGAUCUACAGCUACGACUGCUCGACAAGUUCAACUUGUUCCGAAUUGCUUGAUACAACUAAAUUGCCUCAGUUUGUGGUCUUCAAGAAGACUGGUGGUUACGAGAUUGAUUAUGGUACUGCAGAAAAUUUAUGAUUUUCCUAAUUUCCGGAGUUUUCCAGUGAACCAUCGCGACCACCACAGCGUUGUCGCGUUUUUGAGAGAAGCCGCGAUGUCGCCGUUGAUGGCCUUGGAUCGAGAUAGCUAUGCAGAAGCUGUUAAAGGCGAUGAAUUGUUCAUUGUCGAUUACUUCGCCCCUGUUAGUUUCUGAAGAUUUUUUGGAAUUUUCUGAAAGUUAGAAGGUUUUUGUUUCAGCUCUAAAUAUGAAGAUGAAAAAUAUUUUUUUAUUUUUUUCCGGGUAAGAUGUUUAAAUUUGAACAGAUCUUUUUAAAGUUCUGAAUAUAGCUAGACUUUAAAAAUCUUUGAAAAAUCCAGUUAUCAAAAAUAUUCAAUAUUAAAGAAAUUUUCUCUGUUUCAAAAAAAGCCCGAAAAAGUUUUUUUAAAUAUAAAAACAUCUGGCUACCAAGUCGCAAAAAUAUCUUGUAAAAAAACAAGGAAAAAAAUAACGUUCUGCUGAGAAAAUGAGUCAGGAUACUUUUUCGAAAAAGUCCUUUAAAAAUUUUGUAAACAAUGGGAUUAUUUUUUUGAAAUGAAUUGCUUAAAAUUUCUGGCCAAGAAGGAAAUAUAAACCAAUUUCUCAGACAAAAUCAUCAAACGACUUUUGACCAAUAGUUUUUCAUGCUCAGUUUUGAAUGUAUUAGACUAAAAACUUUUUGUUCAAAAACUUCAAAAUUUUUUUCUUGACGAUUAUUUUGCUGAAUUUUUUUAUUUUGCUCCCAAGCCUGUUUUUCUGGUGUGAAAGAACCGGAAAAGUUAUAUUUUGUCUCCAUUUCGAGAAAUUUCCUUUUUACUUGAAAAAUCUUCUACGAAUCAAAUUGGGAAAGCUAAUCUCUGUUCCUCCCAUUUUUCGAUCUCCUUCAUUCCCUUCAUUUUGCAUUCCAGUGGUGUCCUCCUUGCCUGAAAAUGAUCGGAGAGUACCGAAGAUACCACCAUCAAGUGGCUGAGAAUGAGAUCCUCUCGAGCAUCAAAAUCGCCACCCUCGACUGUCAGAAAUAUCGGGACCUUUGCACGGCUGCCGGUGUUCAGAGGUAAAAUAAUCAUUCGAAAAAGGGAAAGUGUAAACUUUUCAGCUAUCCAACAAGUGUUCUGUACACUCCCGCGGGAAAACAGCACCGUUUGACGGGAUAUCACGCCAUGGACGCUUUGAUUGAUUUCCUUGAGGUUGUUUCAGCCUUUUGAAAAUAAAAUGGUACGAAAAUAAUUGUAUUUUUCAUUUGCCAUGACUUAGAGUCAGAUAUGGGCGGAACUGAAUUUUUGAUUUUUGGAAGGCGGAAGUUUUUGGAAGGCGAAAAUUCGGUUGGUGGAGCCUCUUUUAGGCUCAAAAAAAUCUUUUUUUUUUUGUGAAAAAUAUUUCCGCCUCAAUGCGAACUAAUUGAUUUCAGAACGCCAUAGAUCCAGCCGUGACUGAACUAACCCCUGAUACUUUCGAAGAACUCGCCAUGCAGCGAGGCGAAGAAGAAACCUGGAUUGUUGAUUUCUUCGCUCCCUGGUGUGGUCCUUGUCAACAGGUAGAACUCAGAUAAUGGAAUGUAAUAAAAAUAAAUAUCAUGAUAAAUGUAAAUUAAACGGUAUGGCUUUUUUCAAUGCUCUCUAGUUUCCCUUGGCAAAUUUUUGUGUUCAGUUUCCUAAAAAAUAAAGAUGGUGAAGACUCAGAAAAAAAAAGGGGCAGGUCCUUAGACAGUGUGUAGAACGAUGAGAGUACGAGUCUGGUCUCUCCAAGUUUGCCGUGCUCUCUAACCUCAUGUAUCCGCGCUGGCCUGACCUUUUCCUCGAGGGCUUUGAAAUUCGAUUAGAAACUAUAUUUUUAGUGAUAAGAUUUCUCCUAUUUUGUCUCAAAAAGCUCGAAUUUGAAAUGAUUUUCAGUUGGCGCCAGAACUCCAACGAGCCGCCCGUGCCCUUCAGGAUCAGGACGCCAAUAUCCACGUCGGAACGGUCGACUGUCAAGAAUACGCGGCUUUCUGCAAGCAGAAAUUAGUCGCCGCCUAUCCCACAGUCCGGCUUUUCCCCGCCAAGACGUCCAAACACGCUAGAAAGUCCCACUAGUGAGUUUCGGAAAGCAGGAACGGGAUUAUUCAAAGGAAUUAGUGAAGAAAUGAGAGGAAUACGAAGUAUAAGGCUGAAAUAUUGAAACUUUUACUUUGAGAGUUGAGAUUUUAAAAAAAGUCAAUAGAUGACCAGGGCAUAUUGAUAGGAAUGUCUUUUUUUUUUUCUCAUUUAAGAUACGAGUUGUUAAUUUUAAACCUGUAAGUCCAAGUUUUUCGUAGAGUUUUUUUAAAGUCAUUUCUUUGAAUUUCAAAUUUCAAACCAUCAAAUCAUUUAUUUUGUUGUUAUAGUCAUAGAUGUAAUCGACUGGGCGGUGAAAAAGAACUUUCAAAGCUAUAACGAACAACCGCGAACUAGAAGUCCAAACGUGUAGUCGAAAGAGUUGAAAGCAUGGUCUUACGGUCCUUCGCAUCGUUCUUCUGCGCGUAGUCCAUCUAGUUGCGCCUUGACGAGCUCAGAAUGUAGUGGAUGGUGUAGCUGAAGCCCGGAGACCGUGCUCUAGGUGGAAGCCUCAGAAUGAGAGCGACCACUUCGAUUGAAGAUUUUACACGGAAUUUCAGCGAUUAUCCCAACAACAUGUGGAGAAACUCGGAUUCGAUCCAACGCUGGGUCUUCGGAAUGCUGCCUUCCAGCGUUGAGGCUCUUGGAAACGACUUCUGGACCACGGUAUGUCGAAUCUCAUAGAAAGAAAAAGAAUAACGUUAUUUCCAAGGUUCUUGAUGCGGACGAGCCUUGGGUCGUUGAUUUCUACGCUCCUUGGUGUGGACACUGUGUCCAGUUUGCACCGACUUAUGAGAAGUUGGCCAAGGUUUGUUUGAAAUGAAACUGCGCAAAGAACAUAGGAGCUUGAGUUUUAAGUAUUGGAUGCGAAAGGAACUUUCGAAAACUUUUAUGUUCUCUCAUAGGGAGAAGGUUUUGAAAACGAUUUUCGUUUUCUAAAAAAGAACGUUUUUUUUUUUUGAAAUGCUACAUGAAGGUGACACUUUUCAUUUAACAUUUCAAAAUUCUUAUUUUUGCCAAGCUGUGGAAAUUUUAGAAGUUCAAUGGACGACUGAAGUUCGCCAAGGUGGACUGCGACCAGUGGCCAGGCGUGUGCCAAGGAGCGCAGGUGCAGGCAUAUCCGACGAUCCGCCUCUACCGUGGCAGGACCAAUUCGAAGCGACAGGACGUCUGGGGCACGCAGAUCAGGUCUCACGACGAACACGGCUUCGCCCAAUUCGUACAGCAGCAAAUCGGCAUCUCCCACGACGAAUUGUAG